AUGUCAGCGCCACAGGGAACAUUCUCGGCCCUCAAGGCUGGAGAAACUGUCGUCAAGCUUCCUCAUCCAUACCAGACCGAGUUUGCGAUCGAAAAAGUCUCGACACAACCUGACACGAAUGCACCAGCCUACAAACUUGUCCAGAAGGCCCCUGGGUCUGACAAGCGUUUGCCCUUUGAUCUUUACAACGCUGGCCUCGUUUUAUCAGACCCAAUUGAUCUCAAGUCGAGUGAGCUUCCACCUCAAUCUAACAACAGUCCCUGGGCCCGGGCACGCCGUUCACCAUGUGUCACCGUUCAUUGGGAUGGCACCGAAGCGCCAAGCUUGGGGCAAGUCUGGCUGCUUGCAUAUGCCCUCUUCACUUUGAGAACAUCCGUGGAAUCAUAUCGACUGGAGCUCCAUGGCGCUAGUGCCGCUGUUCUGGGCCAACAGCUCACGGCAGUCUUGCUUGCCAUUGAUCACCCUCUCAAGGGCCGAGAGAAGCGUCAAACCUCCAACAAGACUGACGAGAGUCUUGUUCUUCUCUUGCGAAGUACCUUCUGGCAAGGCGCUGGGUCACCCUUCGGACCUCGACCUGUUUGGUGCCCAGAAGAGUCCCCUUCAUCUCUGCCCGCCUCGACCCCUCUUGGGUCUUUUCCCUUGACUCCUCUACACAACACGACAACCAUCACGGUCGCCGGAGAUCCUGAUGAUCCCGAGAGAGUUCAGCAGUCAUGGCACCCAGUCAGACCAGCCAAGCCCGCCCCUGGGGCUGUUGUUUACAGCCGAUGGAUUCCUCAUCUCAACGAAACCUUCUCCAUGGUGUCAGUUGACUAUAAUGAUACCGAGCACACUGGUACUUUGGAACAACACCAGGAGUAUUUACACAAGGUGCAUGAUGAUCCGCAUGUGAUCGCGCUUCUAGCCAAGUGGGAUGAUAUCCACUUUGCAUAUUUCGAGGUCUAUUGGGCCAAGGAGGAUCGACUAGGUGGUUACUUCAAUGCUGGUGACUUCGACCGCGGUCGACAUUCGCUUGUAGGUGAUGUGCGAUUCCGUGGGCCACACCGUGUAUCGGCGUGGUGGAGCAGCUUGAUGCACUACCUCUAUCUCGACGACCCGCGCACUAUGUAUGUUGUUGGCGAGUCCCAGGAGACCAACACAACUAUAGUUAUGUAUGACUUCGUUCAUGGCUCAGGCCUAGACAAGCUGGUAGAUCUGCCACAUCAGCGCAGUGCUUUUGUCAGAUCGUCGCGAGAGCGUUUCUUCCAACUGUGCCCACUAGCAGACAAUGAGAAGGUUGUUGCUGGUACAAAGCUUGGUCUUGUGCCUAAGCUGUGA